AUGCCACUCAUCAAAGAUCAUGGUCGCCAGUACGACGUCGUUGUCUUUGGAGCUACUGGUUAUACUGGGAAGCUCACAGCUGAGUACAUCACGACACACUUGUCAACCGAUCUCAAAUGGGCGGUUGCAGGACGUAAUGAGUCCAAGUUGAAAGAUGUUGUUGAAGAAUGCAAGAAGAUCAACCCUGACCGACUUGCACCUGCCAUUGAGAUUGCGAACCUGAAUGACCAAGAGUUGAGCGAACUCGCCAAGAAGACUUGUGUCCUCCUCACCACCGUUGGGCCAUACAGUCUCUAUGGCGAACAUGCUUACAAGGCAUGUGCUGAGGCGGGUACUCACUAUGUGGACGUCACGGGUGAAGCUGCCUGGGUUCACAAAAUGAUCAAAAAGUAUGAGGCAACAGCCAAGAAGACGGGCGCCAUUCUCAUCCCACAAGCUGGAAUUGAGUCAUCUCCCGCUGAUCUCAGCACAUGGGCGUUGGCCAAGGCAAUUCGUACUGAGCUGGGCUCUCAGACAAAGGACGUGACCAUAUCUCUUCACGAAGUCAACUCUUCACCCUCCGGAGGCACUCUUGCUACUGCUCUGAGUAUCUGGGAUGUUUUCACACUCAACGAGAUCAAAGAGGCCAGCAGUCCAUAUGCGCAAUCGCCUAUUCCCCAUAAAGAACCGAAAAGACCCAAAAGCUCUAUCCUGCAAAUGAUUCUUGGUGUUGGAAGUGUACCGAAUCUGGGACUCUUGACUACAUCUGUAGCAGGCUCGACUGAUGUUGCAGUCGUUGAGCGUACUUGGGGUCUGUUAUCUGAGACGCCAUCCCGAAAAGAAGAGUUCUAUGGUCCUAAUUUUGUCUGGCAAGAGCGCAUGAAAGCCCGUAACUGGCUUCAUGGAAUCUUCAUUCAUUGGCUGUUAAUCAUCGGUGGUGUUUUGCUUGUCUCAGUUGCGCCAUUGAGAGAGUUCCUCAAGAAGCGAGUGGUUCAGCCUGGUCAAGGUGCUAAUCGCGAGGAGACAGCGAAGGACUAUGUCGAAUACCGUGGCAUUGCUCAUCCUGACUCUAAGGAACAUGCUGGUAAAGCUGCUUUUAGUCGCAUGUGGCAUCAUGGUGGCAUGUAUUUAUUGACUGCUGUUCUCCUUGGUGAGAUUGCUGCCACGAUCCUCGAAGACCCAAUUGAGCUUGAUGGAGGAUCUUAUACUCCUGCAUGCUUGGGCCAAGGCCUGAUCGACCGAUUGGAUAAGUCAGGGCUUAAGUUGGACGUCAAGAUUAUUGACGAGUAA